AGAAGAAAAAAAAAAGGUCCAAACAGAAAAACACUCUCCUUCUCUCUCGCUUCUCCAGGCGCACAAAUUUACACACAUAAAUAUCACCGGACUCUGUCUCUCUCUCAACACACACGGAGCUCAGAGACCUCUCCCGCAGCACAUCGGACUUUGUUCCCUCCUUUCUAUCUCUCUCUCUCAUUGGAUCUGUCUUCUCUCCGAUCUCCCCAAUCCCCCACAGAUCGCACCUUAACGCACUCUCCAUAACAAAAUACAUACAUCCUUCUUCUCAAAUACCGAAAUAACUACACUGCUUCUUACCGAACUUAACCACUUCCAAUAUCUUCUCCCUUUUCUCUUCUCCUUUUCCAAUGACCACUCAGAGAUGAGCAGCAACACCCACAACUCCCAUAAGGACGCAGCCCAAGAAGAAGAAGAAGAAGAAGAAGAAGAAGAAGAAGACGAGCAUUUCUACGAGUCCCUUGAUCGCAUUGCUUCUUCGUCUUGUUCCUGCUCCGUUUCCAACUCCGACUCCGAUCCCGACCGCAACCCGACCCACUCCAAUUCCAGUUCCAACUCCCCCGGUAAUAUUGUUGACCACCCAUUUCCGCUUCCUAAAUUCCCCUUGGGUGUAUCCAAGUACGAUGUUUGGAUCUCUGAGCCCGCUUCGGUGUCGGAGCGUCGCCAACGCUUGCUCCAUCAGAUGGGCCUUAGCUCCGACCUUUCUCUGUCCCGGGCCAAACCCGAGGGAGAUUUCAACUUUAACCGCUCCGUCUCAUCGGAUCACUUGAGUCGGGAAGGAGCCGGUCCCAGUACUUCUGGAGGCAUCGUCCGGUCGAAAUCAGACGGUGCCGGUUCGAGAACGGAUCGGAACGGUGGUGAUGACAAGUGUAAUGUUGAUUUUAAUUCGUAUUCUUCUUCUUCUCUUUUAUCCGUUUAUUCUCCUCGGAUUCUUUCACAUGAUUUAAUGAAUGUAAAUAACUGUAACUCCAAUUGUGAAAAAAACAACGACAACAAUAAUGUUGUUGUUUUUGGUAGCAAAAAACCCACCAACGUUUUUUCUUCCAAGGCUACUGCUCUUUCCCCUAAUAGGCCGCCUGCUGGUAAAUAUGGUAGGAAAAUGGAUGCCUAUCGAUCUGAUUCCACGAAUUCAAAUGGUAAUUUGAAUGGAAGUUGCUCAAACACCAGUUUGGGAGAGCUUGUGGAGGAAUUGGAUCGUAAUGGGGUUGGUGGCAUUGAUACUGCAGCAGCAACCCAAGUGUGUACCAUUAAGAAUCUGGAUAAUGGGAAAGAGUUUGUGGUUAAUGAGAUAAGGGAAGAUGGGACGUGGAACAAGUUGAAAGAAGUGGGGACUGGGAGGCAGUUGACGAUGGAAGAGUUUGAAAUCUGUGUGGGGCAUUCACCAAUCGUGCAAGAAUUGAUGAGGAGGCAAAAUGUCGAAGAUGCUACCAGAGAAAAUCUCGAUUCCAACACCAAUGGAGGUGUUGGAGUCGGUGUUUCAAAGUUGAAAAAGAAGGGUAGUUGGCUUAGGGGCAUCAGGAGUGUGACAAGUAGUGUAAAGGGGAAUAAAGAGAGAAGAAGUAGUGAUGAGAGGGAUACUGGGUCUGACAAGGGAGGAAGGAGGUCAAGUUCUGCAACAGAUGACAGCCAGGACGUGUCAUUUCAAGGGCCUGAGAAAGUGAGGGUAAGGCAAUAUGGGAAGUCGUUCAAAGAAUUGAGUUCACUUUACAAGAGUCAGGAGAUACAGGCACAUAAUGGAUCUAUAUGGAGUAUUAAGUUUAGUUUAGAUGGUAGGCAUCUAGCAAGUGCUGGUGAGGAUCGUGUGAUUCACGUUUGGCGAGUUAUCCAGGGGGAGAGAAAAGGGGAGCUGUUGAAUGAUAAACCAGAGGAUGGGAAUUUUAACUUUUUGUUGACAGCAAAUUUGUCACCUGAACCUUCUUUGUUGUCACCAACAGCAGAUGGUCAUCACGAGAAGAGGAGGAGAGGGAGGACAUCUAUAAGUAGAAAAUCUUUGAGCUUGGACCGCAUUGUUGAGCCAGAGACUGUGUUUGCACUUACAGAUAAACCCAUUUGUUCAUUCCAAGGACAUCUAGAUGAUGUGCUUGACCUUUCAUGGUCCAAUUCUCAGCACCUCCUUUCUUCUUCAAUGGACAAAACAGUGCGUCUCUGGCACUUGUCUAGCAAGACUUGUUUGAAAAUAUUCUCUCACAGUGAUUACGUAACUUGCAUCCAGUUUAAUCCUGUUGAUGAUAGAUACUUCAUUAGUGGGUCCCUAGAUGCAAGGGUUCGCAUAUGGAGCAUUCCUGAUCAUCAAGUUGUCGAUUGGAAUGAUCUGCAUGAGAUGGUCACUGCUGCUUGCUAUACUCCAGAUGGCCAGGGUGCACUUGUUGGCUCAUACAAGGGAAGCUGCCGUUUAUACAGUACAUCUGAGAAUAAGUUGCAAAUGAAAUGUCAAAUUAAUCUGCAGAAUAAGAAGAAAAAAGCUCAUCUCAAAAAAAUCACUGGAUUCCAGUUUUAUAAACAGUUUGGGUGGGGAAGUUCAUCAAAGGUGCUCAUCACAUCAGCAGAUUCUCGAAUCCGAGUUAUUGAUGGUGUUGAUUUGGUUCACAAGUUCAAAGGGUUUCGUAACACAAACAGCCAAAUCUCAGCCUCCCUCACGGCAAAUGGGAAACAUGUAGUCUCUGCUAGUGAGGAUUCGUAUGUGUAUGUGUGGAAGCAUGAGUCUGAUUCUCGACCUUGCGGAAGCAAAGGGGCUACAGUCACGCAUUCGUACGAGCAUUUCCACUGUCAAGACGUGUCUGUGGCCAUCCCAUGGCCUGGUGUGGAUGACUCAUGGGGACUACAAGAUGUGUAUUCUGGGGAGCAGAUUGGACUUGAAAACCAUCUCGAUGAGGUGUCUGUUGCCAAUCACCCUCCUACACCUGUUGAGGAAAUAAGUGGUAACGAGGCUUCACAAUCAUUAUGUGGGUGCACAAAUAGUCCUCUGAAUGGGAUUAUUUGUAGUGCAACCAAUGGUUACUUCUUUGAUAGAAUUUCAGCAACAUGGCCAGAGGAAAAACUUCGUUUAGCCGCCAGAAACUGGAGCCCCUGCAAUGGUGUGGAUUUUUUAAAUGGGAUGAACCAAAAUAUGUCAGCCUAUGGUAUGGUGAUCGUAACUGCUGGCCUUCGAGGAGAAAUUAGAACUUACCAAAAUUUUGGAUUGCCAGUUCGAAUUUAAGGGGCGAAAAAAAGGAAUGGAAGGUGAGUACAUCGGGUUGGCAAGCCAGUACAGUCAGAUUUGGUUAAUUGUGUACAGAGAUAUUUGGUGAGAUGUGUAAUAUUAGCGAGAGUUCAGUUCUUUCCUUGUGCUUCUGCUCAUUAGAAUGUUGAGUGCAGAUGGAUGUCCGAUUGAGCAUUCAGAAAAAUUAUAGAUCUGUUAAACAAGAAAAAAAAAAAAAAAGAAAAAGGGAAAAAAAAAUACACGUUGAAUUUAGCAACCGAUGUAUUUCUCAUGUCGGGAAUUGUAGAGUUAUGAGUAUGGCUAAAGCUUAUUGAAUUAAAAUGAAAUUCUUUUAUAUUUGUUUGUCAAA